AUGAGGAAGCCACUAGUAGUAGCAUGGGAACUAGUUACCCAGAGUGUUAAUGCUUGCACAGGAAGGCCACCAGUCCACUAUGGGGACCGCCAUAAGAACCGCCUUAGGAGGCCGGGAGGAGGUCCAAGCGGUGGGUUGCAUGAAAGCUUCUCCGGAACACAACAUGUAAUUCACGCCAUUUUUCAGGCCGCAGGCACAGGGGAGACAAAUGAUAGUGUCCUUCCGCAACUCGCACGAUCGGGAUUCUGGAAAAAGCUGUCCUUUACACAUUUUAUCAUAUAUCUCGUCGGCUUCUCCGAAGGCCUGACGCAUCUCGCGGCAUUGGCAAUCUACUAUAUGCUGAAGGAUGACCUAGGCCUAAGCCCUGCGGAAGUAUCAGCCCUGUUUAUUGCUCCGGCUCUCCCUUGGGUUUUCAAGCCAAUAUUUGCAUUUGUUUCGGACUCAUACCCUAUCAAUGGCUCUCGUAGAAAGCCCUAUAUGGUUGGAUUCAGCUUGCUGGAAGGAAUGGGGUUCGUCAUGAUGGGAACGUUCCCCACUCAUAUCUUGACCGCACUAAUGGCCCUUUUCUUAAUAUCAGUCUCCGCAGCUUUCUGUUCAGCAGUGGCCGAAGCCUUAGUCGUAGAAACUACGGCUGGGCAGACAAUGGACCAGAGUGCAGAAAACGUGUCUGACUUCAUCACAGCGAAAGCGCUUGGAAGUCUCAUUGUCGCGUACUUGUCCGGCUACUUGCUUGAGCGGACAUCUAAGCAAAGUAUUUUCUUGGCAACGGCUGUUUUCCCGUUGUCCAUCUCCUUUAUCACCUUAUUCAUGGACGACAUCAGCGAAUCUACAACUUAUGAUAUUAGGAGCCAGUUGCGUAUGCUCAUGCGAUUCCUCAAGCAAUCCGUCAUUUGGGGACCCGCACUGUACAUUUUUGCCUAUAUGGCGGGGCCGGACUAUGACGAUGCUCUCUUUUUCUACUUCACGAACAAGCUCGGCUUCUCCCCUACUUUCAUGGGAACCCUGAGGUUCACCUACGGCAUUGCUGCGCUGGUUGGGGUUGUCCUCUAUCGUUUUUUUUUCAAAAACUCCGGUUUCCGGAAAACCCUUCUGGCAACAAUUCUAGUAGCCGUGCCUAUCUACGUUUCACCCAUCCUUCUUACAACAGGAGCCAACAGAACCAUGGGCAUUAGUAACAAGGCGUUCGUUCUCAGUGGAGGCUUCCUCAUUGAAGCUACUGCAGAGAUCCAAUUGCUUCCUCUUCUUGUCCUUACUGCUUCGAUCUGCCCGCCUGGUCUCGAGGGCAGUGUCUAUGCGGUGAUGAUGUCGGUUAGGAACACUGGAGCCAUGGUGUCCCGAGGAAUCAGCGCCCUCCUGACGUACACAGCCGGUAUCACUUCAACAAACUUCACACAUCUAACUGGAUACAUCGUGCUUUGUGGUGCAAGCCUCCUCAUCCCUCUUAUAUUUUUGGAAUAUGUGCCCGAUGACGCGGAAGUGGAAAGAGUGAAGCAGUAUCACGACUCGCUCUACGCCAAGAUUCGCCAGCAAACCGCAUAA